CCUUGGAAGGGUAAGAACAGGGAAACACCCCUCUGACCCCCGCCCCAAGCGGGUGCAAGUUUGUGCGGGAGUCGGAGCCCAGUCUAGGAAGAGGCAUCUUUGCCGCAGUCUCCUGGUCCAGGCUGGGGAAAUCCAGACAUCGGAAGAGUUUUAGAGCGCUGCAGGGAGGGAAUAUGGCAACCGCUCUCGGUAUGCCUGGCGGGAGAGCAUAACGAUCUGCCCCGCGGGACUGUUUUAUUGCGCUAAGAAACGCUGCCCGGCGGUCCAGCGCUCCCACAGAAAAGGAAAGCGGAGGGGGUAGGUGUGAGGAAAACCCCGGAGCAAAGCGUGGCCGGCGCUUCCCUGACUUUUUCCUCCCGGAAAGUUUACUUCGCAUCUCAGAUGCGCUCUGCCCUUCAGCCACCGAGAGCCGGGGACCUGUUCGGGAAACCAGGGCGCAGUAUUGUCAUCAUGAACCUCAUACAUUUUGAGUCAGUUUGCAUUUUCCUGCUUUUCCAAGUAUUUGUAUCAUGGAGCAUCCAAGAGCUACAAGUCAGUCAAGAAAUCAUUGGGAAGAUUUCAGCUGCUGGCCAACUAAUGAAUUGCUCUGCUCCAGUCGAUAUCUUAUUUCUGUUAGAUGGAUCCUAUAGCAUUGGCAAAGGAAGCUUUGAAAGGUCAAAAUAUCUGACAAUCAAGCUUUGUGAUGCAUUGGACAUCAGUCCAGAAAAGGUUAGAGUGGGGGCAAUACAGUUCAGCAACACUCCUCACUUGGAAUUCUCACUGGAUGCAUACUUCACCAAAGACGAGAUAAAAGACCAACUCAAGAAGAUUGUGUUCAAAGGUGGGCGAACAGAAACUGGGCUUGCUCUGAAAUGCAUUCUUCAGCAAGGAUUCCGUGGAGGCAGAAAUUCAUCAGUUCCUCAAAUCCUUAUCAUCUUAACUGAUGGGAGGUCUCAGAGCAACAUGUCAACCUUAGCCAAGCAGUUAAAAGAAAGGGGUAUUGCAGUGUUUGCAAUUGGAGUCAACUUCCCAAGGUGGGAAGAAUUGUAUGCACUAGCAAGUGAACCAGUGGAACACUACACACUGUUUGCAGAAGACACUGAUGAUGCCUCCAACGGGCUUUAUACCACACUUACACUCUCUGCUAUCUGCGAUGCUGCAUUUCUGGGCUGCAGGGCAGAAUCUUACCCUUGUGAACGCAAAACACUUGAGAGAGUAAAAGAGCUGGUUGGAAACUAUUUCUGUUGGAAGGGAUCAAAAAGCAGUAAUGUUGUACGCACAUCACUCUGCCCUUUCUACAACUGGAGGAACACUUUCAUCAAAUAUCCAUCUACAUGCUACCGAACCACAUGCUCAGAUCCUUGUGAUUCCCACCCUUGCCAGAAUGGAGGCACUUGUAUUCAACAGGGAUUAGAAGGCUACCACUGUAUCUGUCCAGUGGGAUUUGGAGGAGAUUCCAACUGUGCACCAAAGAUAAAUCUGGAAUGCAGCGUGGACCUUCAUUUUUUGGUAGAUAGUUCAUCUAGCACCACCCUGGAGGGAUUCUUGCACUAUAAAGCUUUCCUGAAAAGGUUUCUCCAUGCAGUAUGGAAUAGAGAAACUCUAGGAAAUGUGGGUAUGGCCCAUUAUAGCAAUGAUGUCAAGAUGAUUGCCCAGAUUGGGGAUUACAGAGAUGUGUUCAGUCUGGUGAAGAUAAUUGAUUCCAUGGAGUUCAAUGGAGGGAACACCUUGACUGGCAAAGCUUUACGAUUUAUUACACGACAUGGCUUUAAGAGUGUACCAAUCUUUGCUGAUGUUCCUGAUGAUCUUCCACGUGUGGUCAUAUUGCUCACAAAUUCAAAGGCUGAGGAUUCAGUGGUAGAAGCAGCUAAGUUCAGUAGGAGUCAAGGUAUUUUCCUCAUUGGAAUUGGCAGUGAAGUUUUAAGAGGAGAACUGGAUGAGAUUACAGGGAAUCCAAAGCGGACUAUUAUCUAUUCAACCCCUCAAGAUCUAUUCAAUAAAAUUACUGAAUUACAGAAAAAAAUCUGCAGCAUAGAUAGCCAAGGCUGCCCAUUCCAAUCUCUGGAUUUGGUGUUUGCACUGGAUUCCUCAGCUUCAACUGGAAGGAUGAACUUUGCCCAGAUGAAAAACUUUGUCAGCAGUCUCUCUUCCCAGUUUGGAAUCAAUAGGGAUGUGACCCAAGUCAGCCUGGUUGUCUUUGGUAAAAGGCCUCAAACAGUAUUUGGACUGGAUGUGCAUGUUACUGGUUCAGCUCUUCAGGAAGCCAUCAAGCAGGCUCCCUUUCUGGGUGGCUCUGCCUCAGUUGGAAGUGCCUUGCUUCAUAUUCAUGAUGAUGUCAUGGUUAUCCAAAAAGGAGCAAGGCCUGGUGUGAAGAAAGUUGUGGUAGUUCUUACAAGUGGAGCUGGAGUGGAGGACGCUGUAGUCCCUGCUCAGCAGCUACGCAGUAAUGAUAUAUCACUACUUAUCAUUGUGACCGAACAUGUACAGAUGGGCUUAUUGUUGAGGAUUGCAGGUUCUUAUAAUAAUCUGGUGAGGAUUUCUUCUUAUGAAGAUCUCAGACAAAAUGAAGACUUUAUCAUUGAAAAACUGUGUGAUGAAGCCAAAACAUCAGUAAAUAUCUGUAAACCUAACCCCUGCAUGAAUUAUGGAAUUUGUAUUCCUGAAAAUGGCAACUAUUGGUGUCAGUGCCAAGGCUGGGAAGGACCUCAUUGUGAAAACAGAAUGCAGAGGAGUGACACUUCACAAUCAUGGAAACAUCCCGCAAUGAUCCAUGCUCAGCUAAACUGAGAUGGUUGGUGGCUGCUAUACAGAACUCACCAGUAUUAAAAAACAAAGACACAGGGAGUAGAUGCACUAAAAUAGACAAAAGAGCUUCUACCUUUAGUUACUGAAAUCAUACUUACAAGGGAACUGAAAUAUACAUUUGCAAGUAAUACGCUGUUUCUAAGAACAAAAGUUUUGCACAAAAGUCUCUUACUUGUAAUCCAAAAUAAGGUGACUAAUAUCCAGCAUAUUUUUAUGUUGCAUAUUUAUGUUUGAUACACUAACACUUUUUCCACAGGAGCAGCAUUUCCUCUAUAUAAUGAUUGUUAUAAAUCCAAAGAUUUAUAGGUAGUAUUAUUUGGCAAGCUCUGACAUGGCUUCCUAAAGCUAUACUUAUGUUGCUAGGCGUAACCCAGUAUUGUGUAAGGGGUAAGAAGCUUUAGCAUUCAGUGCUUGCCCAGAUUUGAUCAUUGAAGGCUGUACGAAUAUACAGAAUGAACCUGACUGAGGCACAUUUUAGCCCUUCAAUGGGCUCCAGAUCUACUGGUUUAUAUAAGAUAUCUAGAGACAGGCGAACCCACCAUCACGCACCAAGACAAUGGCUUGUAUCCAUAUUGUUUUCAUGGCUGUUCCAUUCUUUCUUCCCAACUCCAACUGCAAUUCCUUUAGUUUUCUUCCUUUAGUUAGUGAGUUCUAUCCCUUUGGCCGAAGCAGGAAUAAAUUGGAGUCCCAUUUCCAACCAUUUCUUGGCAUUCUUGGACCAUGCCAAGUUUACCAUUAGCUGUAAAAGGAGGUAUCUGUGGCUACCUCUGUCCUGUUUUUAUUAUAGUUUCAUUAACUAAGUCAGUCCUAUGCUUCUAUACAUAGUAUCAUCUACCAUCCAAUCAGUCAGCUGGAGAUGCAGGGUUGUAUUGCCCCAAAGGCCCUCUGGAUAGACAAGUGGUUUUCCUUGCAUUGUAAUGGAAGAGACUGAUCAAUGCUGACAUGCUGAAAUUGCAGCUAAGGAAACAAAUAUUGAUUGUGUAGCAUUUUUGCAGUGCAUACUGAAACAUACAUGGGGAGAAAACUAGGUGCCAAAUGUGUGAAUUUACUCAUAUAUGCCCUCAGUUCAGUGAAACAAGCUACUUGUCCAGGUGGGUGUAUAACCUUUUCCUAGUUUUGCUUAUCUUCCAUCCCUAAGAUAACAAAGAAAUUGCACUCUGUUUUGUCUCAUCCUAAAAUGGUAUUCUUGUGGAGGAAAAAGAGCAGAAGGCAUGAUUUGUGAUAGUUAUAAUAAGUAUAAUAUAUUUCAGUCUCCAUAUGUAAACCAAAGCUCCUUUGUACAGCUGUGGAUUGCAGCUGUUCUGCUAUCUUGAAAUUUGUUCUAUCACAUUAACUAGGUAUACCGUACCUAGGUUGUGAAAUUUAGGCAACCACUAAUGGCAGCAAAGAGAUAAAUAAACUAUUCUUCUGAUUUUUUUCAGCUCAGGUAUGGUGUCCCUAGAUUCUAUAAAUGCUUCUGCAACUGAAGAUACUAGAACAACUUUCACGGUGGAGUUCCUGGAGUUCUCUGCGCUUGGCUGUUUUCUUGCAAAUGUUUUAU